CAACAUGAUACAGUAUAGAGGUAUAGCUUGAUAAUCAAAAGAGUUCUACCUAUUAUAGAACUAGGACUAUAUUCUGGCAAUCUUUUCCAAUAGGACAUUUAUAUUUUGAGAGGACUUUAUUUCCUGGUAUCAUGUACAAGUGUAUGGAAGUUCAGGUUCCCACCGAGCCACUAACGCUGGUUGAGAAACCCAUUCCAGUUCCACCAUCCAAGGGACUGGUUAUCAAAACUGGUGCAGGAGGUAUAUGUCACUCUGAUAUCCCCAUUGCUGAUAACUAUAUGAAGAUGAGUGACACAUUGAAAGAUAACUCACUUACACAGUUUGACCCGGACUACAAAUACCCUGUGGUAAUGGGCCACGAGAUUGCCGGGAUAGUACAUAGCAUAGGAGAAGGACGGUGUCCAGGUAGUGAAGAUUUCAAUGUGGGUGACCGUGUGGCAGUCUAUACAUUCCAAGGCUGUCAAGAAUGUGAAAUAUGUACCUCGGGUAACCAUUUGCUGUGCCCAAAGAGAUCCACACAUACCCUGGGGAUGGGGAGAAACGGAGGGUAUGCAGAAUAUGUGAGUGUCCCAAACAGGAAGUUUGUAUUCAAGUUACCAGAUUCUAUUGCCAUGGAUACUGCAUGUCUGUUUUCGUGCAGUGCAUUAACUGCCUACAAUGCUGUCACAAGGACUAAACCUGCAAUUGAAAAUGCACUCAAAAUGCUAGGUUCUGCUACGCUUUUGAUAAUAGGAGCAGGAGGUUUAGGGCAGUGGGCAAUUCAGAUUGCUAGAGCUGUUCUUCCAAAAGAGACUAAAAUAAUGGUAGCUGAUAUUACAGAGGAGAGAUUAGCAGUUGUAAAGGAGAGUGUUGAUAUGACAGUCCAGUGGUCUACAGAUGAAGAUGACAUGACUUUCAUGCCUAAAGUAGCCGAGGUGACCGGAAGUGGUCCACUGGUAGAGGCAUCUAUAGAUUUUGUAGGGGCUCCUGCGACCAUGAAGCGUGCUAUGUGGCUAGCAAAUAAGGGCUCUACGCAUUGCAUAGUUGGAUUAUUUGGAGGGGACACAACAUUCCCAGUGCCAUUUGUUCCAUGUAAAGUGAUCAAUAUCCAUGGGAUAUAUCUAGGAUCGACCCAGCAAAUGCAAGAAGUUAUACAACUUGCAGCAGAGGGAAAAAUAACUCCCCCACCUUUGGAGCAUGUUAUACUAGAUGGUGUAGAUGAUGCUUUGGAUAGACUUAUAUCAUACUUAUCCAUUUUCAGAUAA